ACAGUAUCCAGCAGUCACUGGAUUCCUGCUCUUUGGAUGAGAAGAGUUCAGUGAAAUUAUCUUCCCCUAAACAGUGUCUUCUGCACACUCUGAUGAAGCUGAAGAAGGAUGACAAGUUAAAGCUGUUUCAGAGCCAUCUGAGUCAGGAUUGCCCAGAAUGCUUUAAGAGCCUGUCUGAAGAUCCUUCUGUGCUGGUUAAGUUUAUGCAGAUGAAGGAAUUGUUCAAAAGUCAUCAAAUUGAUGAUUAUCCAGAAUGCACUGAGAGAGAGCAGGAGGAUCCUGAGGCCCUGUACAUAGUUGAGAAGAUGCUGGAGACCUGUGGCAGUGAGAGGUCUCUGAAGAUCACACCCCACAUCUUGAGAAACAUGAAGCAGAAGGAUCUUGCCGACUCACUGGAGAGAGAUGAGCAGCACAAUGAAUCCAUAAAACGAGCCCAGCAGACACUGAAAACUCAUCUGAAGAGGAAGUUUGAAUGCAUAUUUGAAGGUUCAGUAAAGCAGGGCCACCCAACCCUCCUGAAUGAGAUCUAUACAGAGCUCUACAUCACAGAGGGGGGAAGUGGGGGGGUCAAUAAUGAGCACGAGGUCAGACAGAUUGAGACAGCAUCCAAGAGACAAACCACGCAGGAGACUGCAAUACUCUGCAAUGACAUAUUUAAGCCUUUACCUGGACAAAAGAAAACCAUCAGAACUGUGCUUACGAAGGGCAUAGCUGGCAUUGGGAAAACUGUCUCUGUUCAGAAGUUCAUUCUGGACUGGGCAGAAGGAAAAGCCAAUCAGGACAUUGAUUUCAUCUUCACUCUCCCUUUCCGAGAUCUGAAUUUGAAGAAGGAAAGACCAUUCAGUCUGAUGCAACUUCUGCAACACUACUUUCCACUACUGAAAGAGAUCAAAAGCAUUGAAGGUGAUGAAGUCAAGGUUGUGUUUAUCUUUGAUGGUCUGGAUGAGUGUCGACUUCCUCUAGAUUUCCAAAGCAAUGAGAACUGCUGUGAUAUAACAAAGCCAUCAUCAGUGGAUGUGCUGCUGACCAACCUCAUUGAGGGUAAUCUGCUUCCCUCUGCUCUCCUCUGGAUUACCUCCCGACCAGCAACAGCCAAUCAGAUCCCUCCUGAGUGUGUCCACCGAGUGACAGAGAUACGAGGGUUCAGUGACCGACAGAAGGAGAAGUACUUCAGGAAGAGAAUAAGAGAUCAGGACCAGGCCAGCAGAAUUAUCAAACACAUAAAGACAUCCAGGAGUCUCUACAUCAUGUGUCACAUACCAGUCUUCUGCUGGAUUUCUGCUACUGUUCUGGAGACAAUGUUGGGUAACGUAGAGAGUAGAGAUCUGCCCAAAACACUGACUGAAAUGUACACACACUUCCUGCACAUUCAGACUAAUAUGAAGAAUCAGAAGUAUCAUGGCGCCAAUGAGAUGGAUUCAAAGAAGAUGUCAGCAUCAGAUACAGAAAUCAUCCUGAAACUGGGGCAGCUGGCUUUUCUACAGCUGGAAAAGGGCAAUCUAAUAUUCUAUGAACAGGACCUGAGAGAGAGUGGCAUUGAUGUCAGUGAAGCUUCAGUGUACUCUGGGGUGUGCACAAAUAUCUUUAAACAGGAGUGUGGAUUGGAUCAGGAGAAGGUCUACUGCUUUGUGCAUCUGAGCAUUCAGGAGUAUCUGGCUGCCUUGUUUGUGUUUAAUUCAUGUGUAAAUGAGAACAGAAAUGUACUCAGAGCAGAAGAAUCAAAACCUCACAGUGACAGAGUGCAGCUGUCUGAGUUACACAUGAGUGCAGUGGAUCAGGCCUUAGAGAAUAAGAAUGGACACCUGGACCUUUUCCUCCGAUUCCUUCUUGGCCUCUCUCUGGACUCUAUUCAGACACUCUUAGGGGGACUACUGACACAGACAGGAAGCAGAUCUGAUGGAGGAAGACACAAAACAAGGCCCAGUUUUACUUUAUUUCUCAGUCUAUGGUCAGAGAGCAGAUCAUUGAGCAUCGACAUAACAGUCCAAUACAUUCAGAAGAGGAUCAGGGAGGAAUCUUCAGCCGAUAGGAUCAUCAAUCUGUUCCACUGUCUCAAUGAACUUAAUGACAACUCUCUUGUAGAGGAAAUCAUGAGUACCCAGGGAUCAGGUAAACUUUCUGAUACAGAGCUGGAACCACACCAAUGUUCAGCUCUGGCCUUUGUGUUACUAAUGUCAGAGGAGAUCCUGGAUGAGUUUGACUUGAAGACCUACAACACAUCAGCAGCAGGUCAUCAGAGACUGGUACCUGUAGUCAGGAGCUGCAGGAAGGCCAUACUGAACAGCUGUAGCCUCACAGAGAAGUCCUGUGAUAUUGUGGCCACAGCUCUCCGGUCAUCAAACUCACCCCUGAGAGAUCUGGACCUCAGCUACAAUAACCUGGGAGAUUCAGGAGUGAAGCUGCUCUGUGCUGGACUGAUGAGUCCAAAUUGUCAAUUACAGAGACUGAGACUGAACAGCUGUGACCUCACAGCGAAGUCCUGUAAUAUUGUGGCCUCAGCUCUGCAGUCAUCAAACUCACCCCUGAGAGAUCUGGACCUCAGCUACAAUAACCUGGGAGAUUCAGGAGUGGAGCUGCUCUGUGCUGGACUGAUAAGUCAAAACUGUAAACUACAGAGACUGGGACUGAACAGCUUUGACCUCACAGAUAAGUCCUGUGAUAUAGUGGCCUCUGUUCUCCAGUCAUCAAACUCACCCCUGAGAGAUCUGGACCUCAGCUACAAUAACCUGGGAGAUUCAGGAGUGAAGCUGCUCUGUGUUGGACUGAUGAGUCCAAACUGCAAACUACAGAGACUGGGACUGAACAGCUGUGACCUCACAGAGGAGUCCUGUGAUAUUGUGUCCUCAGCUCUCCAGUCAUCAAAAUCACCCCUGAGAGAUCUGGACCUCAGCUACAAUAACCUGGGAGAUUCAGGGGUGCAGCUGCUCUGUGCUGGACUGAUGAGUCCAAACUGUAAACUACAGAGUCUGGGACUGAACAACUGUGAACUCACACAGACGUGCUGUAAUGUUGUGGCCUCAGCUCUCCAGUCAUUAGACUCACCCCUGAGAGAUCUGGACCUCAGCUACAAUAACCUGGAAGAUUCAGGAGUAGAGCUGCUCUGUGCUGGACUGAUGAGUCCAAACUGUAAACUACAGAGACUGGGGCUGGGUUGGUGUAAUCUCACAGAGGGCUGCUGUGGUGUUCUGGCCUCAGUCCUGCGUUCUCCUCACUCAGAGCUGAGAGAUCUGGAGCUCAGAGACAACGAGCUGCAGGAUUCAGGAGUGAGAGUGCUCUCUGCUGGAUUGGAGGACCCACAUUGUAAACUGCAGAGACUGGGGCUGUCAGGCUGUAGAGUCACACAGACAGGCUGUGAUUCUCUGGCUUCAGCUCUGUGUUCAAACCCCUCACACCUGAGAGAGCUAGACCUGAGAUACAAUCACCCGGGAGACUCAGGAGUGAGAGCGCCGUCUGCUGCUAAACUGGACACACUCACACUGCUUGUGGACCAUGGAGGAGAGAACAGGACCAAACCUGGACCCAGGAAAUAUGGCUGUCAGUUCACACUGGAUCCAAACACAGUGCACAGAAAGCUGUUUCUCUCUGAGGAGAACAGGAGAGUGACACACACACCGGGGAAAGAGGAGCGUCCAUAUCCUGAUCAUCCAGAGAGAUUUGAGCAUGAGCCCCAGGUUGUGAGCAGAGAGAGUGUGUGUGAGCGCUGUUACUGGGAGGCUGAGUUCAGUUUGUCUGAGCCGGGGGGAGGGGUAGAUAUAGCAGUGACAGAUAAAGGAAUCAGCAGGAAAGGAGAGGGUUCUGACUCUGUGUUUGGAUGGAAUAAAAACGCCUGGAGUCUGUUGUGCGUUAAACACAGUGACUCUGAUGAGCUCAGUUACGCUGUCUGGCACAAUAACAACCCAACAGACUUAACUGCCCUCACCUCCCCCUACCGCAGAGAUGGAGUGUGUGAUGAUGAUGAUGCUGAUGAUGAUAGAGGAGUGUGUGUGUACAGGGUAGGAGUGUGUGUGGACCGUCCGGCCGGCACUCUGUCCUUCUACAGCGUCUCAGACUCUGACACACUGACCCUCCUGCACAGAUUCCACACACACUUCACUGAAAACACACCCCUCUGUGCUGGAUUUUACAUGAGGAACUCCUCAGCGUCCCUCUGCUAACUGGAGUAGAGACACACACACACAUUCACACACGCACGCACGCACACACAAACGCACAUGCGCACACACACACACACACACGUGCACAUAUGCACUCGCACGCAUGCACGCACACACACACACACUCACAUACACACACACACACACACACACACAUAUAUACACACACUCAAAUACACAUACACACACACGUAUAAACACACACAGACAUACUCAAAGGCACUCUCACGCACACACACAUACAGUUGAAGUCGAAGGUUUGCAUACACCUUAGCCAAAUCCAUUUAAACUCAGUUUUUCACAAUUCCUGACAUUUAAUCCUAGUAAACAUUCCCUGUCUUAGGUCAGUUAGGAUCACAACUUUAUUUUAAGAAUGUGAAAUGUCAGAAUAAUAGUAUCGAGAAUGAUUUAUUUCAGCUUUUAUUUCUUUCAUCACAUUCCCAGUGGGUCAGAAGUUUACAUACACUCUGUU